AUGACGAGGAGUGGUAAAGCCACGGGACCUGACAAAUCGGACUCACCACCGAUCACUAAGAUGGUCCAAACUGACGCUUCAGACGAGGUGCACGCUAGGCGAGACCCAGCAAGUACAGCACAGUUCCAUGAGCCAGUUAAAGAUUUCACUCCUCCUAUCCCAUAUCCGAGCAGAUUGAAGAAGCAAAAGAACGAUGAACAACAUGGUAAGUUUUUAGAAAUGUUUAAACAAUUACACAUAAACAUAUCAUUUGUUGAGGCGUUGGCUCAAAUGCCUAAAUACGCAAGGUUCUUAAAAGACAUCCUCACAAACAAGCAGAAACUUGAAAGCAUGUCUUGUGUGUUGAUGAAUGAAAACUGUUCAGCCCUUCUCCAAAACCGUCUACCUGAAAAGAUGGGAGAUCCGGGCAGUUUCACUCUUCCCUGUCUCAUUGGCAGCAUGUCUGUCAGUCACGCAUUAGCUGAUUUAGGAGCUAGCAUAAACCUUAUGCCAUAUAAAGUUUUUGCUAAAUUAGAUCAGGGUGAACCUUCACCCACUAGAAUGAGCAUUCGACUUGCAGAUCGUUCAAUCAAGUAUCCGCGAGGAUUCGUUGAAAACAUGCUUGUUAAAAUUGAUAAAUUUGUUUUCCCCGUGGAUUUUGUUAUUUUAGACAUGGACAAAGAUUCGAAAGUGCCAUUAAUACUCGGACGCCCAUUCCUCAAUACUGCUAGGGAGGGCCACGAAGCUGAGCAGCCAGUUUACCAAAUCAGUGAAGAUGGUUCCCAAAGUCCAGAUCAAUUUGUGGAGAUUGACCGUGAAGUUGAAGAAAAGUCAAAACCCUCGGUUGAAGAUCCACCAUCUUUGGAGUUAAAAGAACUCCCACCGCAUCUCGAGUAUGCAUUUCUAGACAAGGAGUUUCACUUGCCAGUAAUCAUUUCAGCAUCUUUAGCAAAAGAGGAAAAGAGAUAG